CUCGUCAUUUUGAAACACCUACCACUCUUUUUUCACACUUCCAUUUUCCUCUGCUUUUUUGCUCUGAGGUUACCGGAGAAGUUUCUCCCACAACGGUUUUCAGAAAAUGGUUAAUGGAGGAACAGUGAACAAUUGGAUAUGCGUAAAUUUUUCUCUGAAUGUUCAAGACAGUGUAGCCCGUGGAUUUUGUUAUGAACUUGCGCAAAUGUGUCACAUAUCAGGCAUGGCUUUUAAUCCUGAGCCGGUACUUCCUCCAAUCAGUGGUCGUCCAGAGCAGGUAGAGGAGGUCUUGAAAACUCGUUAUCAUGAUGCCAUGACAAAGCUUCAGCCCCAGGGCAACGAACUUGACCUUCUUAUUGUAAUUCUCCCUGAUAAUAAUGGUUCCCUUUAUGGUGAUUUGAAACGGAUAUGUGAGACAGAUCUUGGCCUUGUUUCUCAGUGUUGUUUAACAAAGCAUGUAUUCAGAAUGAGUAAGCAGUAUUUGGCCAAUGUGGCUUUGAAGAUAAAUGUGAAGGUUGGAGGAAGAAAUACUGUACUUGUUGAUGCAAUAUCAAGGCGCAUUCCUUUAGUCAGCGACCGGCCCACUUAUUUUUGGUGCUGAUGUUACCCAUCCUCAUCCUGGGGAAGACUCAAGCCCAUCUAUUGCAGCUGUUGUGGCUUCUCAGGAUUGGCCUGAGAUUACAAAGUAUGCUGGUUUGGUUUGUGCUCAAGCCCAUCGACAAGAGCUUAUCCAAGAUCUGUUCAAAGAAUGGCAGGAUCCUGUAAGAGGGAAAGCCAGUGGUGGAAUGAUCAAGUAUGUUUGGCCAUCUCUCUGUCAUAUUUGUCAUAGGAUCAAGUGCCUCUAUUGGUCUCAAGUGCUCUAGGGCCUGUGCAUAUGCUGCUUCCUACGGUCUUGAGGGAUUUUAUAGUUUACUUUAGUUUGUUUUACUUGCUUUGCCUAUGCUUUUUGCUAUAGUGAUUUUGUUUUUACUUUGGUUGAUACCAUAUAUGACGAUUAAGGCUUCAUUUGUUUGCCGAAAUAACUUAUAUUGAAAAAUGUUUUCCAUGAAAAA